GAAAACGUUAAUAGAUCAAAAUUUAUCUCAAAUAUAAGCCAACCAACAUUCAAAUAUUAAUUGACAAAAAUCGACCAUCAUCUCUUAUUCUUAUGAAGGCAGUAAUCAAGCUAUUUGAAUAUGUACAGGUCUUUACACAUCAGACCAGCCGCAUAUCCAUCGAUGCCGAUGAUCGAUAGAACAUGGAAUAGAAAAGAACAGGGAUCUCAGUCUCAUGUCUGAUUGGUUGAUGCAGAAUCCAAAGACAUUCGAACAUUGUUGUAUUUUUCUCACCGUAUGUCACAUAUUUUCCAAUACAAACAGAUAUAAUCAAAUUGAUCAAUUUUGAAAUGUUGGAAGGAGGGGUCACCCUUUUCUUUGGGAAGCGCUGCAGAAAGUGGCUGAUACUUCCCAAGCACUAAGUGAAUCAAGCUACCAUCGUUACUUUUUUAAACGCUUCAACAAUUAAAAAAAUCGUACCGUAAUAACUUACCUUAUUUCUUUAGUUCCACCAGAAAUCACAAAACCAUUGUGCGACACAAAUGUUCUUGUUGGUCAAGAUGGAGUACUCACACUAGCAUGCGAAGCAUAUCCAACGCCUAAAGUUGCAUGGUUUUUCAACAAUGUCGAGCUAACACCUGGUAUCAAGCAUAAAAUCGAAUCCAAACAAAAUGUUUUCGAGCUAACAGUUAAAAAAUGCGCCAUCCAAGAUGCUGGUGACUAUCGUGUAAUUGCUGACAAUGGAAUUGAUCGAAUGGAACAGCGAGUCAUGCUCAAUGUUAGAAGGUUAAGUCCAGUGAAUAAACAAUCGUGUGUGAUUGGUCAAGAUACUGAAAUGUCGUGGAAAUUCAGCGGCUUCGAGAAGCCUCAGGUUACGUGGUACUUCAAUGGACAAGCAUUGGUGCGAAACGAUCGAUUCCAGAUGACUGAAAGCAAUGAUGACAGAUCGACUCUGACCAUUCGCAAAACACAAUUCAGCGACGAGGGCGUCUAUACCGCUCGAGCAAAUAAUAGUGUCGGAGAGGUCGCAGCAAACAUGUCAUUGGCUAUUGUUGGUAUCAAACCAGUUAUCAUAACCGAUCUAGGAGCACAAAUACAAGUCACAAGUGGCCAAACGAUGACUCUCAAGCUGGUCAUCUCUGGGACUCCGAAACCUAAAAUAGCCUGGAUGCGAGAGAAUGACGAGCUGGCACUAGAUAAAUAUGUGCGCGUAACACUACCCUCUGAUGAUAGCGACGGCACUCAUACAUUAACUAUCGCAAAUGUUCAACCGCAACACCAAGGAGAAUACUCAGCCAAAAUAGAAAAUAUGGCUGGAUCACUUAAAUCAAGGAACUGUCGAGUGUCUGUGAUCGUUCCAGUUGAAGCUGCUGUUGAUCCAUUCCGUCGUCAAAUGCUGGAAAAGCAAGCUGUAUUAAAAGCAUACUAUGAGAAUUUUCCGGAUAUCGAUGCUGUUACUAAUGUAACCCACCCUGACAUUAAAAAAGCUGAGGAAUUCACCAAAUCAAUAUUAAAUACAAAACCAUCGGGGAACGUGACUGAAAGAGAUACUGCAUGCCAUAUUCUAAAUAAGUUGCUGGGAAAUCAAGGUCAACAAUGCUUAUUUUAUGAUUCUACAAGUGGCAUCCAUCUGCGUGAUGCCUCUGGAAGUUUAGCUGAUAUUGGCUCUGCAGACAAACUGUUCGUAUUGAAAUUGAAGAGUAGUGAAGGUUUAGGAGGUGACCAGAGUAAGAAAACUGACGAGGAUGACGUAAAACUUGUUGAUACAUUGAAAAAUUUCAUUGAACAAAACAAAUCACAUCCAGUUAUUGAAGACAUACGUGAUCGGUUAGCAAAAGCACAUGAAAUUGAUAAAAACUCUAUCGCUAUAAAAAAUGUGUUCGUUGGAACAUUCAAUAUAGUUUACACAGUAUUAAAUAUGGCGCAAACCGCAGUGAACAAGUUCAUAGCCAUUGCAACAAAGUUAAAAACUCAAUUUGCUCAAUUCGUGAGUGCAAAAAUUCAUCCAUUGUUAUUUCGUCCAUCAUUCGAUAUAUCCUUUUUUGAUGCCCGUGGUAAUAAAACGUUUAGCAGCCAACCAGAGACUCACCAAAUUGGUCCACCUGGACGCACCAAACUAUACACCACAGCGGCUGGCUGGACUAGGUAUGGGCUAAAAGUGUUGGGUAAAUACGGCAACGACGAUUGGCUGCAUCCAUUUGGGCAUGCCGGGAAUUGGUAUAGAGCUUUUCACGGUACCGGAAAUGCACAAGCGCAAUAUAUACGUGAUGAAAAUAUACGUAAAGACUGUGAGCACGUCUGUGUAUCGGCUAUUGCAGAUAUCUAUGUAGGCGGAUUUGCGCCAUCUGCAACUGGUAGAUAUGGACCUGGUGUUUAUUGUUCUCCAGAUCCAAAGUUUCCUGAAGGUGGAUAUGUCCGACCUGUUGAAUUAGAGACCCAACAGGGAAAGAAAAACUUUAAGUGUAUGUUUCAAGUGGCUGUGAAUCCUGAUGGCGUGACAGUUGGAAGCGCAGCUAUAUGGGUCGUAAAAGAUCCUCAGCAUAUUCGACCCUAUGGUAUACUUAUCAAAGAAGCUUGA